AUCUGCAGCCCGAGCGCCUCUGGUCGGGAUUCCGAGCGCCCCCAGCUCCCGCCGCCGCCGCCGCCCGCGCUGCAGCCGCCGCCGCCGCCGCCGGACAACCAACCGCGUCCGAACCGUACUGGGUGCAAUGAAAGCUCCAUGCAGGUCUUGCCAUGGAAGGCUGUGACUCGCCUGUCAUUCCUGGGAAGGACAAUGGGUGUAGUGUCCCUCAGCACCAGCAAUGGACUGACCUCAACAGCACCCACCUCCCUGACAAAGCCAGUAGUAUGGAGCAGUCCGCCGCGGAAAACCACGGGCCCCUAGACAGCCUGAGGGCCCCCUUCAGCGAGCGCCUCCCGGACAGCACCACCUCGGCUGGCCCCGCCACUGAGCCCGCUGGCAAAGAGGUCAGCUGCAACGAAUGCUCGGCCUCCUUUGCCAGCUUACAGACCUAUAUGGAGCACCACUGCCCCAGCGCCCGCCCCCCUCUUCCGCUGAGGGAGGAGAGUGGGAGUGACACCAGUGAGGAGGGGGAUGAGGAGAGUGAUGUGGAGAAUCUGGCUGGAGAGAUAGUCUACCAGCCGGAUGGCUCGGCGUAUAUUGUGGAAAGCGUCAGCCAGUUGAUCCAAAGUGGGGGAGCCUGUAGCGGCGGCAGCGGGGCUCUCCCGCCGCUCUUUCUGAACUCUCUGCCCAGUGCUGGGGGGAAACAGGGGGAGCCCUCAUCUGCUGCACCAGUCUACCCACAGAUCAUCAAUACUUUCCACAUAGCCUCAUCCUUCGGGAAAUGGUUUGAGGGCUCAGACCAGUCCUUCCCGAAUACCUCAGCCCUGACGGGCAUCAGCCCGGUCCUGCACAGCUUCCGCGUUUUUGAUGUGCGACACAAAAGCCACAAGGAUUACCUGAACAGUGAUGGUUCUGCGAAAAGCUCCUGUGUAUCCAAAGAUGUCCCCAACAAUGUGGACCUGUCCAAGUUCGACGGCUUCGUGCUCUACGGGAAGAGGAAGCCCAUUCUCAUGUGUUUCUUGUGUAAGCUUUCCUUUGGCUACGUCCGCUCGUUUGUGACCCAUGCCGUGCAUGACCAUCGAAUGACCCUGAGUGAAGAAGAGCGGAAAAUUCUUAGCAAUAAGAACAUUUCCGCGAUCAUCCAAGGGAUAGGCAAAGACAAGGAACCCCUUGUAAGUUUUUUGGAACCCCAAACCAAAAACUUUCAACACCCUUUAGUUUCUGCAGCUAACCUCCUAGGCCCCGGACACAGCUUUUAUGGGAAAUUUAGCGGCAUUCGGAUGGAAGGGGAGGAGGCGCUCCCGGGCGCCUCGGCCAGUGCCGCUGAGCAGCCCCAAUCAGGCCUCUUGACGCCUGGGACCCUCUUGAACCUUGGCGGGCUGACCAGCUCGGCUCUGAAGACCCCAAUUACCUCAGUCCCCCUGGGCCCCCUGGCUUCCAGUCCUACCAAAUCCUCAGAGGGCAAGGACCCUGGGGUAGCAGAGGGUGAGAAGCAAGAAGUGGGUGACCGGGAUAGCCUCUCAGAGAAGGCAGAGCCAGCUGAGGACGUGGAGGAGGAAGAGGAGGAGGAGGAGGAGGAGGAAGAUGCAGAGGAGGAGGAGGAAGAGGAGGAAGAAGAGGAGGAGGAGGAGGAGGAAGAUGAGGGUUGCAAAGGACUCUUUCCAAGUGAGUUGGAGGAUGAACUGGAGGACAGGCCCCAUGAGGAGUCUGGGGCCAUGGCAGGUGGCAGCAACAAAAAUGACCUUGCUCUCUCAAACCAAAGCAUUUCUAACUCUCCCUUAAUGCCUAACAUGCUCCAGACUUUGUCGAGGAGCACAGCUUCUACUAGUUCUAAUUCUACUUCUUCCUUUGUUGUCUUUGAUGGUGCAAACAGGAGGAAUCGUUUAAGCUUUAACAGUGAGGGUGUCAGGGCCAGUGUGGCAGAGGGCAGCAGGAGGUUGGACUUUAUUGAUGAAAGUGCCAAUAAAGACAAUGCCACAGCACCAGAACCAAAUGAAAGCACAGAGGGGGAAGAUGGGGGCUACCUCUCCCAUCACCAGCACGCUGGAGCCCUCUGUGAGCUUGGGGUGGGGGAGUGCCCCUCGGGGAGUGGAGUGGAGUGCCCAAAGUGUGACACAGUCCUGGGCUCUUCCCGCUCCCUGGGGGGACACAUGACCAUGAUGCAUUCUCGUAACUCGUGUAAGACACUCAAGUGUCCCAAGUGCAACUGGCACUAUAAGUACCAGCAGACGCUUGAGGCGCACAUGAAGGAGAAGCAUCCAGAGCCUGGCGGCUCGUGCGUCUACUGCAAAAGUGGGCAGCCUCACCCGCGCUUGGCACGCGGCGAGAGCUACACCUGUGGUUACAAGCCUUUCCGCUGUGAGGUCUGUAACUACUCUACUACUACCAAAGGCAACCUCAGUAUUCAUAUGCAGUCUGACAAGCAUCUGAACAACAUGCAAAACCUGCAGAACGGAGGGGGCGAGCAAGUCUUUAGCCACACUGCCGGGGCAGCGGCCGCGGCGGCUGCAGCGGCGGCCGCGGCCGCCAAUAUCGGCAGUACCUGCGGGGCCCCCUCCCCGACCAAACCAAAAACCAAGCCCACCUGGAGGUGUGAGGUAUGCGACUAUGAGACCAAUGUGGCCAGGAACCUCCGCAUCCACAUGACCAGUGAGAAGCACAUGCACAAUAUGAUGCUACUGCAGCAGAACAUGACCCAGAUGCAGCACAACCGGCACCUGGGCCUCGGGGCCCUGCCGUCCCCGGCCGAGGCAGAGCUCUACCAGUACUAUCUGGCCCAGAACAUGACUCUGCCCAACCUCAAGAUGGACAGCCCUGCCUCUGACGCCCAGUUCAUGAUGAGCGGAUUUCAGCUGGAUCCCACCAGCCCCAUGACGGCAAUGGCGACUCCUGCUCUAGUGGGCGGUGAAAUACCCCUCGACAUGCGGUUGGGGGGCGGGCAGCUGGUGUCUGAGGAGCUGAUGAACCUGGGUGAGAGCUUCACGCAGACCAAUGACCCGUCCCUGAAGCUUUUCCAGUGUGCAGUAUGUAACAAAUUCACCACGGACAGCCUGGACCUGCUGGGUCUGCACAUGAACAUGGAACGCGGCCUUCCUGAGGAGGAGUGGAAGGCAGUGAUGGGGGACUCCUAUCAGUGCAAGCUGUGCCGCUACAAUACCCAGCUCAAGGCCAAUUUUCAACUCCACUGCAAGACAGACAAGCACGUGCAGAAGUACCAGCUGGUGGCACACAUCAAGGAAGGUGGGAAGGCCAAUGAAUGGAGAUUGAAGUGUGUGGCCAUUGGAAACCCUGUACAUUUGAAGUGCAAUGCCUGUGACUAUUAUACGAAUAGCCUGGAGAAACUACGGCUCCACACGGUCAACUCGAGGCAUGAAGCGAGCCUGAAGCUGUACAAGCACCUUCAGCAGCACGAGACUGGCGUAGAGGGAGAGAGCUGCUACUAUCAUUGUGUCCUGUGUAACUAUUCCACCAAGGCCAAGCUUAACCUCAUACAGCAUGUGCGCUCCAUGAAACAUCAGCGGAGCGAGAGCUUGCGCAAGCUGCAGAGACUCCAGAAGGGCCUUCCCGAGGAAGAAGAAGACUUGGGGCAAAUUUUCACCAUCCGCAAGUGCCCGGCCACUGAGCCAGAAGAAUCAAUUGAAGAUGCCGAAGGACCCAGUGAAACGGCCGCUGACCCAGAGGAGCUCACUAAAGAUCCAGAAAGUGGAGGCGAGAAAGAUCAGGGCAAGUGGUCAGCAUCGUCCAGCCAAGCAGACAAGGAGCUUCCAGAUUGUCCUGCAGCCUCCAAACGGACAUCCUUCCCGAGUAGCUCAGAGCCCCCCCUCUCUUCCAAGCGACCCAAAACAUCCGAGGAGGCCAGAUCGGAGCAGAUGUUCCAAUGUCCGUACUGUAAGUACAGUAACGCUGAUGUGAACCGGCUUCGGGUGCACGCCAUGACUCAGCACUCUGUGCAGCCCAUGCUGCGCUGCCCACUCUGUCAGGAUAUGCUGAAUAACAAGAUCCACCUGCAGCUGCACCUCACCCACCUCCACAGUGUGGCCCCAGACUGUGUUGAAAAGCUCAUCAUGACGGUGACCACCCCUGAAAUGAUGAUGCCCAGCAGUAUGUUUCUCCCAGCCGCUGUCCCCGACCGAGAUGGGAACUCCAACCCUGAGGAGUCAGGAAAGCAGCCUGAAACCUCAGAGGAUAUAGGGAAGAGCAUCCUGCCCUCGGAGAGUGCGGAACACAGCGGAGAGCUGAAAGCCUCCCCCGCCGACCCAAGCUCCGCCCGGGAGGAGUCGGGCUUCCUCUGCUGGAAGAAGGGGUGCAACCAAGUGUUCAAAACCUCUUCGGCCCUGCAGACGCACUUCAAUGAGGUGCACGCGAAGCGGCCUCAGCUGCCCGUGUCGGACCGCCAUGUGUACAAGUACCGCUGCAACCAGUGCAGCCUGGCCUUCAAGACGGUGGAGAAGCUUCAGCUCCACUCCCAGUACCACGUCAUCAGGGCAGCCACCAUGUGCUGCCUCUGCCAACGCAGCUUUCGGACGUUCCAGGCCUUGAAAAAGCACCUGGAGACGAGCCACCUGGAGCUGAGCGAGGCGGACAUCCAGCAACUCUACAGCGGCCUCCUGGUCAAUGGUGACCUCCUGGCCAUGGGUGACCCGUCCUUGGCGGAAGAUCACACCAUCAUUGUGGAGGAGGACAAGGAAGAGGAGAGCGACUUGGAGGAGAAGCAGAGCCCCACGGGCAGCGAUUCGGGCUCGGUCCAAGAGGAUUCGGGCUCAGAACCAAAGAGGGCACUUCCUUUCCGAAAAGGCCCAAACUUCACCAUGGAGAAGUUUCUGGAUCCUUCCCGCCCGUACAAAUGUACAGUCUGCAAGGAGUCCUUCACCCAAAAGAACAUUCUGUUGGUUCACUAUAAUUCCGUCUCCCAUCUGCACAAGUUAAAACGAGCCCUCCAGGAGUCCGCCACUGGCCAGCCCGAGCCCACCAGUAGCCCAGACAACAAACCUUUUAAGUGUAACACCUGCAACGUGGCCUACAGCCAGAGUUCUACUCUGGAGAUCCACAUGAGGUCCGUGUUGCAUCAAACCAAGGCUCGCGCGGCCAAGCUGGAGGCCGCGGGGGGCAGCGGGGCUAGCAACGGCACCGGCAAUAGCAACAGCGUCUCCCUGGGAGCCUCGGCACCAAGUCCGGUGAGCACGGGUGGCAGCGGCAACACCUUCCCCGCGGUGAGCACGGGCAAUGCCAGCGUGGCCCCGAGCUCCGGUUUGCUCAGCCAGGCUACGAGCGACAGCGUCGGGAUGCCGCCCCUUGGGAAUCCGGUCGGUGCCAACAUUGCCUCCCCUUCGGAGCCCAAGGAGGUCAACCGAAAGAAGCUGGCGGAUAUGAUCGCUUCCAGGCAGCAGCAGCAACAGCAACAGCAGGCGCAGCAGCAGCAGCAGCAGGCGCAGACGCUGGCCCAGGCCCAGGCCCAGGUUCAGGCCCACCUGCAGCAAGAGCUGCAGCAGCAGGCGGCCCUCCUCCAGUCUCAGCUGUUUAACCCCACCCUCCUGCCGCACUUUCCCAUGACCACUGAGACCUUGCUCCAACUCCAGCAACAGCAGCAUCUCCUCUUCCCCUUCUACAUCCCCAGCGCUGAGUUCCAGCUCAACCCGGAUGUGAGCCUGCCUGUCGCGAGCGGGGCCAGCCUGACGCUCACAGGGACCGGCCCCACCCUGCUGGAAGACUUGAAGGCUCAGGUCCAGCUCCCCCAGCAGAGCCACCAGCAGAUCCUGCAGCAGCAACAACAGAGCCAGCUCUCCCUCUCCCAGCCGCAUACAGCCCUCCUCCCACAGGGCCAGCACCCAGAGAAGAAGAAUAAGACCAUCGUCGUCAAGGAAAAAGACAAGGAGGGUCAGAGGGAAAGAGAAAACGUGGAGAGGGGAGAGGGGAACGCAGGCCCUAAGGAAUCCCUCGCAGACACCUUGAAGCCCAAAGACAAGAAGGACUUUGCAGCAGGAGGUGGCUCGGAACCCUCCAUGCUCCCGCCGCGCAUCGCCUCGGACGCGAGGGGCAACGCCACCAAGGCUUUGUUGGAGAACUUUGGCUUUGAGCUGGUCAUCCAGUAUAACGAGAAUAAGCAGAAAGUGCAGAAGAAGAGUGGGAAGACGGAGCCCGGGGACAGCUUGGAAAAACUGGAGUGCGACUCGUGCGGCAAGCUGUUCUCCAACGUUCUCAUCUUGAAGAGUCACCAGGAGCACGUCCACCAGAAUUACUUUCCCUUUAAACAGCUGGAGAGGUUUGCCAAGCAGUACAGAGAACACUACGAUAAACUGUAUCCACUGAGGCCUCAGACUCCGGAGCCCCCACCCCCGCCACCUCCCCCGCCCCCGCCACCUCCGCUCCCUGCUGCCCCUCCCCAGCCGGCUUCUACUCCUACCCUCCCCACACCAGCCCCUCCUAUCACUUCUCCCACAAUUGCACCAGCCCAGCCUUCUGUGCCGCUCACACAACUCUCCAUGCCAAUGGAGCUGCCCAUCUUCUCACCACUCAUGAUGCAGACCAUGCCCCUGCAGACGUUGCCAGCCCAGCUGCCCCCUCAGCUUGGUCCCGUUGACCCUCUGCCGGCCGAUCUGGCUCAGCUUUACCAACAUCAGCUCAACCCUAGCCUGCUCCAGCAGCAGAACAAGAGGCCCCGGACCAGAAUCACAGACGACCAACUCCGGGUCCUCAGGCAGUAUUUUGACAUCAACAACUCCCCCAGUGAAGAACAGAUCAAAGAGAUGGCGGACAAGUCUGGAUUGCCCCAGAAAGUCAUCAAGCACUGGUUCAGAAACACUUUGUUCAAGGAGCGUCAGCGGAACAAAGACUCGCCCUACAACUUCAGCAACCCACCCAUCACUAGCCUAGAAGAACUCAAGAUCGACUCCCGGCCCCCUUCCCCGGAACCUCAGAAACAUGAGUAUUGGGGAAGCAAAAGGUCCUCUAGGACGCGAUUCACGGACUACCAGCUGAGAGUCCUGCAGGAUUUCUUCGAUGCCAACGCUUACCCAAAGGACGAUGAGUUCGAACAGCUUUCUAAUUUGCUGAACCUCCCGACCAGAGUCAUAGUCGUCUGGUUUCAGAACGCCCGACAGAAGGCCAGGAAAAACUACGAGAACCAGGGAGAGGGCAAAGAUGGAGAAAGGCGGGAGCUUACCAACGACAGGUAUAUCCGAACGAGCAAUUUAAACUACCAGUGCAAAAAAUGUAACUUAGUCUUUCAACGUAUUUUUGAUCUUAUUAAGCACCAGAAAAAGCUGUGUUACAAAGACGAGGAUGAGGACGGGCAGGACGAUAGCCAAAAUGAGGACUCCAUGGACGCCAUGGAGAUGUUGACUCCAACCAGCUCCGCCUGCAGCACGCCGAUGCCCUCGCAGGCCUACAGCGCCCCAGCCUCGUCUGCCAAUGCGACGUCUUCGACCUUUCUGCAGCUCACUGCGGAGGCUGACGAAUCCUCCACCUUUGGCUCGAAACUAGAAGCUACAGAUGAGAAACCAAAGCAGCCUGAACCUCCAAGUUCACAGCCAAACCAAACCCAAGAGAAGCAAGUACAACCAAAGCACGAGUCUCAGCAGCAGCAGCAGCCGCCGCAGCAGCCGCCGCAGCCGCAGCCCCAGCCCCAGCCCCAGCCAGACCAGUUGGAACAGAAGACAAACACAGCCCAGCCCAAGAACCCUCAGCUGUCCUCUCCUGCCCUGCAGCAACCUCCCCAGCAAGUUCCUCCCCCUCAGUGUGCCCUGCCCCAGUCGAGCCCGAGCCCGUCCUCCCAGCUCUCUCACCUGUCUCUCAAGCCUCUUCACACGUCCACUCCCCAACAGCUGGCCAACCUACCUCCUCAGCUUAUCCCCUACCAGUGUGACCAGUGCAAACUGGCAUUCCCCUCCUUUGAACACUGGCAAGAACAUCAGCAGCUUCACUUUUUAAGUGCACAGAACCAGUUUAUCCACCCCCAGUUUCUGGACAGGACGCUGGACAUGCCUUUCAUGCUGUUUGACCCCAGUAACCCACUUCUCGCGAGUCAGCUGCUCUCUGGUGCGCUGCCCCAAGUUCCAGCCAGCUCGGCCACCUCUCCUUCAACCCCAACCUCCACGAUGAACACUCUGAAGAGGAAGCUGGAGGAGAAGGCUAGCGCUAGCCCUGGGGAGAAUGACAGCGGGACUGGAGGAGAGGAGCCUCAAAGAGAUAAGCGCUUAAGGACGACCAUUACCCCGGAGCAGCUGGAAAUCCUCUACCAAAAGUACCUGCUGGACUCCAACCCGACCCGGAAGAUGUUAGAUCACAUCGCUCACGAAGUGGGCUUGAAAAAGCGUGUGGUACAAGUGUGGUUUCAGAACACCCGAGCUCGGGAAAGGAAAGGACAGUUUCGGGCUGUUGGCCCCGCCCAGGCGCACAGGCGGUGCCCUUUCUGUAGGGCGCUUUUCAAAGCCAAGACUGCCCUAGAGGCCCACAUCCGGUCGCGGCACUGGCACGAAGCCAAAAGAGCUGGGUACAACCUGACUCUGUCUGCCAUGCUGUUGGAUUGUGAUGGUGGGAUUCAGGUGAAAGGGGAUAUUUUUGACGGAAGCGGCUUUUCCCACUUGCCGCCAGGAAGUAGUGACGGCCAGGGUGUUCCCCUCUCUCCGGUGGGUAAAACCAUGGAGCUGUCCCCCAGAACUCUGCUUAGCCCUUCCUCCAUCAAAGUGGAAGGAAUCGAAGACUUCGAAAGCCCCUCCAUGUCCUCAGUUAACCUCAACUUUGACCAAACCAAGCUGGACAAUGACGACUGCUCCUCUGUGAACACAGCCAUCACAGAUACCACCACUGGAGACGAGGGCAAUGCAGACAACGACAGCGCGACAGGAAUAGCGACUGAAACCAAAUCGUCAGCGCCCAGCGAGGGGCUGACCAAAGCCGCUAUGAUGGCAAUGUCUGAAUACGAAGAUCGGUUAUCUUCUGGUCUGGUCAGCCCAGCUCCUAGCUUUUACGGCAAGGAGUACGACAAUGAAGGUACGGUGGACUACAGUGAGACGUCCAGCCUUGCUGAUCCCUGCUCCCCGAGCCCUGGUGCCAGUGGGUCAGCGGGCAAGUCUGGAGAUAGUGGAGAUCGGCCGGGGCAGAAACGUUUUCGGACUCAAAUGACUAACCUUCAGUUGAAGGUCCUUAAGUCGUGCUUUAAUGACUAUAGGACGCCGACCAUGCUGGAGUGUGAGGUCCUGGGCAAUGACAUUGGACUGCCAAAGAGAGUUGUUCAGGUCUGGUUCCAGAAUGCGAGAGCGAAAGAAAAGAAGUCAAAAUUGAGCAUGGCCAAGCAUUUUGGUAUCAACCAAACGAGUUACGAGGGACCCAAAACAGAGUGCACUUUGUGUGGCAUCAAGUACAGCGCUCGGCUGUCUGUACGCGACCAUAUCUUUUCUCAACAGCAUAUCUCCAAAGUUAAGGACACCAUCGGAAGCCAGCUGGACAAGGAGAAGGAGUACUUUGACCCAGCGACUGUUCGUCAGUUGAUGGCUCAGCAGGAGUUGGAUCGGAUCAAGAAGGCCAACGAGGUUCUUGGACUGGCGGCUCAGCAACCGGGAAUGUUUGACAACCCUCCUCUUCAAGCUCUUAACCUCCCCACAGCUUAUCCGGCAUUACAGGGCAUUCCCCCAGUGUUGCUCCCUGGCCUCAACAGCCCAUCUUUGCCAAGCUUCACUCCAUCCAACACAGCUUUAACUUCUCCUAAACCGAACCUGAUGGGUCUGCCUGGCACGACGGUCCCUUCACCUGGCCUUCCGACAUCUGGAUUACCAAAUAAACAGUCGUCAGCCUCGAUGAGCUCCCCGACCCCAGCACAAGCCACUAUGGCGAUGACCCCACAACAACCCCCCCAGCCCCAACAACAGCAGCAGCAGCCACCACCACCGGUGCAGCAGCAGCAGCAGCAACAGCAGCAGCAGCAGCAGCCUCCAUCAACACCACAGCAGCAGCAGCAGCCCCUGCAACAGCAGCAGCAGCGAAAGGAGAAGGAAGUAGAGAAAAUUAAAGAGAAAGAAAAGGCACAUAAAGGGAAAGGGGAGACUCUGGCGGGCCCCAAGAAGGACAAAGGAGAGGCCCCCGCAGCCACCCUCUCUGCCCCGUUACCCACAAUGGAGUAUGCGGUGGACCCGACCCAGCUGCAGGCCCUGCAGGCAGCCCUGACCUCGGACCCCACCGCUUUGCUCACCAGCCAGUUCCUUCCUUACUUCGUCCCCGGCUUCUCUCCUUACUAUGCCCCCCAGAUCCCGGGCGCCCUGCAGAGCGGCUACCUGCAGCCCAUGUACGGCAUGGAGGGCCUGUUCCCCUACAGCCCUGCGCUGUCGCAGGCCCUGAUGGGGCUGUCCCCCGGCUCCCUGCUGCAGCAGUAUCAGCAAUACCAGCAGAGUCUGCAGGAGGCGCUGCAGCAGCAGCAGCAACAAAGGCAGCUCCAGCAGCAGCAGCAGCAACAGCAACAGCACCAACAGCAGAAGGUACAGCAGCAGCAACAGCAGCAGCAACCGCCGCCCCAGCCGCAGCCGCAGCCGCAGCCGCAGCCGCAGUCCCAGCCGCAGCAGCAGCAGCCACCGCCCAAAGCAAGCCAAACCCCAGUCCCCCCGGGGGCUGCUUCCCCCGACAAAGACCCUGCCAAAGAAUCCCCCAAACAAGACGAGCAGAAAAGUGCACCCCGCGAGGUGUCCCCCCUCCUGCCGAAACCCCCAGAAGAGCCAGAAGCAGAAAGCAAAAGCGCGGACUCCCUCUCCGACCCCUUCAUUGUUCCAAAGGUGCAGUACAAGUUGGUCUGCCGCAAGUGCCAGGCGGGCUUCGGCGACGAGGAGGCGGCCACCAGCCACCUGAAGUCCCUCUGCUUCUUGGGCCAGUCGGCAGCGAGCCUGCAGGAGAUGGUGCUCCACGUGCCCAUGGGCGGCGGCGGCGGGGGGUCCGGCGGGGGGUCCGGCGGCGGGGGCGGGGGCGGCGGGGGCCCCUACCACUGCCUGGCCUGCGAGAGCACCCUCUGCGGGGACGAGGCGCUGAGUCAACAUCUCGAGUCGACCUUGCACAAACACAGAACAAUCACGAGAGCAGCAAGAAACGCCAAAGAGCACCCUAGUUUAUUACCUCACUCUGCCUGCUUCCCCGGUCCUGGCACCGCAUCUACCUCGCAGUCUGCCGCUCACUCAAACGACAGCCCCCCGCCCCCCUCCUCCUCCUCCUCCUCCUCCUCCUCCUCUUCCUCCUCUUCCUCUUCCUCCUCCUCUUCCUCUUCUGCUUCCCCCCACGCCUCCUCCAGAAAGUCUUGGCCUCCAGGGGUCCCUCGGGCUUCGGUUGGGAAGCCUGCUUCUUUUCCUCCUCUCUCCUCAUCUUCAACGGUUACCUCAAGUUCAUGCAGCACCUCAGGGGUUCAGCCCUCGAUGCCAACAGACGACUAUUCGGAGGAGUCUGACACGGAUCUUAGCCAAAAGUCCGAGGGGCCAGCCAGCCCGGCCGAGGGGCCCCCGGCCCCCAGCUGCCCCCCCCAGGACCCUGGUCUAGCUAGUGUAGGAAUGGACCCCUUCAGAUUGUAAGCUUUGAAGAUGAACAAUUUAAAACACACACACACACACACACACACACAAACACACACAAACACACACAAAUGAAUUUAAAUAAAAGAAAUUAAUAACAAACCAAUUUCAAAAAUAGACUAACUGCAAUUCCAAAGCUUCUAACCAAAAAAAAAAAAAGGAAAAAAAAGAAAAAAAAAAAGAAAAAGCGUGGGUUGUUUUCCCAUAUAACUAUCUAUGCCGGUGAUUUUACAUUCUUACCUUUUUUUUUCUUUUACUAUAAAAUACCAACUCUGUUACAUUUGUCCUUUUGAAGGUACUAUUGGUCUGGGAGACAGAAAUCCAUAGGGCCUCCUCAUUGUCUUUGGAGCUUACACCCCCUUGUAUAUUGCCCCUUUUCAAUGACGCCCCAAUUGAUAGCACAGCAGAGUCCGGCAUGCACUGUAUGGGAAAGCAGUCCACCUUGUUACAGUUUUAAAUUUCUUGCUAUCUUAGCAUUCAGAUACCAAUGGCUUGCUAAAAGAAAAAAGAAAUGUAAUGUCUUUUUAUUCUCAGGUCAAUCGCUCACACUUUGUUCUGUUUUCAGAAUCAUUGUUUUAUAUAUAUAUAUAUAUAAAUAUAUAUAUUUUCUUUUUUUUGUUCCAGAAAAGAUUUUUUUGUUUGUUAAUUUAAAAAUGGGCAGAAAGUAUUCGAGAAAAAAAAAAACAAUGUGAACUGCUUUAGCUUUCUGGGGAUUUUAAGGAUAGCUUUUCUGCUGAAGCCAAUUUCAAGGGGAAAAGUUAAGCACUCCCACUUUUCAGAAAAAAAAAUAAUAAACACACAAAGAGUGUUGAGGACUUGUAGCUAAAAAAAUAAGUUUUAAAAAAACUGACUUUCUGUAUUUAUGAUAGAUAUGACCAUUUUUGGUGUUGAGUAGAUUGUUGCAUUGGAAAUGAACUGAAGCAGUAUGGUAGAUUUAAAAGAAAAAAAAAAACCUUUUGUGUACAUUUAGCUUUUGUAUGGUCCAGCUGACAGCUCCUCAUUUGAUGUUGUCUUGUUCAUUCCUAGCAGAUAGAUUGCAAUCCGUUGAUUCGCCGAAGCUUUUCUCCCCUUUGUCCCUUUAUUCCCCCAUCCCCCAUCCUGUAAUCUUCCACUUAAGGUGGCUGCCUUCAUUUCUUAGAGGGUGGCUGCAUAAUUAUUUUAUAAAAACUAAAGAAAGAAGUUCAAAGGGUUUUUGGGUCACUAGGAUCCUCACAGAAUAUUUUUGGUUGGGGAGUUGAAACUUUUUAAGGCGUAUACAUCCUAGUUACCUAUGUCUGUUACCUUCGUGCACUUAUCUUUUUUUUUCUUUCCUCUGUUUUUUUUUUCUUCCUUCCCUUCCUUUCCUUAUUUGGUAGAUGCUUCAAAGAUUCUUUUCCUAAAAACAAAAGCAUUUAUUUCUGUUUGUGUAAUUGGGCUGCGCACUUUUUUUUUUCCAAACAAAUUUUUGGUUAGGGGUUUGUUUUGGUUUUGGUUUGUUUGGGGUUUUUUUUCCUCUCAGAAAAAAAAAAAGAAAUUUCAUGCUUUAAAUAAAAUCCAAAGACACACCCUUUCACUGCUGGUGCAGGAAGAGGGGGAAAGGGUUCUUGUUACUUGAGAAUUUGUUUCUGAAUUAAACAAAACAAGACUAAGUUUAAAUAAAGGAAAAAAAGAGAAAAAAAGAUUUCCCAGGUUGUUAUCUGUGCUUCUUCUGCAAGCAGAGAGGCAGCUGUUAAUGACGAUUCCACAUACCAAAAGACACGUUUUUUACUUCAGAGUUUUGUCCUUGUGUUAGGCAGUCUGAGCGGUGAAUGAUCCAGAAGGGAAUCAGAUAGCAGUGUACAGAAAAACAAAACCCAACAGACAAACAAAAAAGGAACCGGACAUAAGGCACUUGUGUUUGUUAAUCUCUGUAUUCCUGUAACACACAACACAACACAACGCAACACGCCCUUUCUCAUCUUUAAUGGUCUGGACUUUGAAAGGAAAAACUUUGUGCUGCUAAAAAUGUAGAUUUCGGAGACAAAUAAAUGCUUUGCUGUUUCACUUUCGUAGCCAAAAGUCAACAGAAACAAUCUCCCCUACCCCAUCCCUUUGCCCCAAAAGUGUAAGAUCCUUUCCCUGCCCCCGGCCUUCCUUCCCCACCCCCCCCACCCCCGCCCCCAUCCUCGCCUCCCUUUUCUUUCUACUCCUUAUGUUUCAAAAGGGAACUUUGAAGGCUGUGAACCAGGUUCCAUUGGUCUGUCACCUUUCCGGCUGCUUUCCCCAGUGCUGAAGCCAUUCAUUCAUCGGCUUUGCAAAAGACUGGAGCAUUCCACGAUAGGAAAAUGGAUUUCAAUUUUUUUUUUUAAGCCGGGACUGUUUAAUUUUUAUGAGGUUUUUGUUUUUAGUUUAAUGAAAGAGCAGAUCCUGAACUGUUGUACAUAUUUCUAACUAGGCUGAUGCACAGUGCAAAUUCCUUUUUUUAAUUGUUUUUUUAAGUAGAAAAUACUAAAGAGUACCAUCUAAAUAUUCAUACCAGUAUCCAGUUGUAGCAUAAGGUGUCAAAAACAAGUACACAAACCAUUUGCUGUUUUAACAAGCUGUUUUCUUUUAACAGAAAUUCUUGUAUUUCUCCCUGUGUUUGAGAUGAACAUUUUUUAAAUUCUAAAGUUGUACAGUUUUUUUUGUUUUCCAUUAUUUUAUCUUGUUUGUAAUUCUAUGAAAUAUAUAUAUAUAUAUUUUUUGCCAUUUAACUGUUGUAUGUUACUCUGUGUCUGUAUCAUAUAGAAUUUUUUGUUUGUUUUUGGUUCUCUAUGUGAUACCAAUUAACAAUUUAACACUAGCUUUAUCUGUCAAAUUCUGCUAGGUCUCUUCUGAAACUUUUUUUAAAUGAUAUUGCUUGGUAAUAGUGCAAUUUCUACCCCCCCUCCCCCAACUUUUAAUUCAUUUCCUUGAAUUUUUCCACCCCUCAGGAUUUGGAAGAUGGGGUGUUUGGGUGUUCUCACUCUUCCCCCCUCUCCCCCCCCCCCAAAUUACAUCCUCCCUCUCUGGCAGAUCAGAAUUUGUAGGGUGGUGUUAGGGCCCAGUAUACAGGGAUCAGGUACUCUGCCUGGUUUUCCCUGGCUUGUGGGAACAUUGGCAAACAGCAAGUCAGUGGGGUUGGGGAAGCCUUAACUUCUGCCUAAUGAUUUUUUUCCCAGAUGUGAAUGUAACUAGCCAAACUUAGUUCACCCCUGAGUAGGAUGAACAGAGUAAAUGAUUUGUCUUCAGUCACAAUUUGGCACAUUUGUGUCCAUUAAGAAUUCUCUACCAGGAAAUCAGCCCCAGGAACAGCAGAACAGUAAUAGUCAAACUUAGUGCAAACUGAUAUGCUUCUUCUACCCAAGGUGGCUGAGUGACCAGUAUGAUGCUUUCGGUUUUUUUGUUUUUGUUUUUAAAGCAGGCAAAUUCACUUCCAAAGUUAUUUGUGAGUCGACAGAUAUCUUGAUUUCAGCUUAGAAUAGUUUCCAUCUGGGAAUUAGUCCUAUCUGCUGCCUGGUAGAAGGAUGAGUGUUAUUCUGUAACCCCUUUUUUCAAAAUUAACCCCCCAUUUAAAAAAAAAAUCCUGAACAACAUGGUUCCCAUCUUGUUCACCCCAGCCAGAAGGUUGAUGGCACUAGAUUGGCUGGGCCUAUUUUGUCAUAGCACCAAAUGAAUCCACAGAGUUCCCCUUCUUUCUUUCACCCUUCAAAAAAGAUGGGAGAAGAUUGCCUUCCAUCUCCCAUAGACCCUCCCAUGCGCACACCCCUAAACCCUCACGAUACAAGGAAAAGAUUUAAAACACUUAGCAGGUUUUUCGUUUGUUUUUAAAUUAAAAGCUAUUUAAAGAGAUGAAUGUGGCCAAAGUUUUACACAAUUGAAAAUAAAGUAAAACAGUUGGCAUGUGUUAAAGAAACCUGAGUUUAUCAGGCAUGUCAGGAAGAUGCAGGAAAGAGAGAGGCAGUAACCCAAGCCAGUGCACUUGAUGUUCAUGGACAUAUAUUUUUUUUAAAUAAUAAAUUAAAUUAAAACAUUUUAAAUAGAAGCAGAAAUUGAGUUGGUUGGUUGGUUGGUUGGCGCUGAGAUACUGCCCACUGUGAAACACAAAGCUUGGACAAGUUUUUUGUUUACUUUCUUUUGUGGGGGGAGGGGGGCGAGUUUGGGUAGGACAGAAAAAACGAAAAUGAACGUUACCCUGAGGUGAAGAGGUAUAUGAACAGCCUUUGCAAUGUACAAAAAAAAAAAAUAGAGCAAACGAAACCAAAAAAUGAUGUUCUUGGUGUUUUUCUAUAAUGUAGUCUUGUUAGCUUUUUUUUGUUACUGUAACAAUGCUGAUCUCGAACUGUACCAAAAUACAUGGAGACUAACAGAAACAGAAACCACAUGGAACUUUCAAAACUUAAAAAAAAAAUUUGUCACAAAAAAACUUUGUUGUCAUAGUUAAGUUGAUUGUAGAUGGUAAUUGAAUAUACUCCUUUGAAAAUAUUUCAUCAAGUAUGUUUCCUGCUCAU